CUCAGGUACUGGUUGUUAUUGGAGUCAGAAAGGAAGCUUAAUCAAAGCGUACAUAGCUUAUGAUUUAUGAACCAGCAUGAUGUUUAAAAUGAUAGGCUCCCUUCUUCUGUUUGUCCAUCUGCACAAUGCACAAUCCCCAAAGAAAAAUAAUUCAAAGGUAAUCAUUGCAUUCCGUCACGGUCAUGCCAACAUUCCAUGCCAACAUACCCCACCUCCACACUCUAAGUUUAACCUAACCUUGCUGAAGGGGGAAGAGAGACAUCCAGUGUGCGUUGCGUACACCAACGGAAUGGACACCAAACUCUACAACUGGGUCGACCAAGCUCCUUGUUAUAUUCGGAAAACCAAUGAAAGCACCAUCGCUCUAACUAUUUUCAAUCUUAGUGUUAGCCACACAGAUAGUUACAGUUGCCGACUUCAGAAUUUUUCUCCUGCUCCCUACGUAGACACUAUUACAAAUGAGACAUACAUUUAUAUCCAUGAUUCCUUGUUACAGGACUGCAGUGCAGGCUCAGUGACACAAUAUUUUAUCUGGAGUUUUGCUGGACUGGCAACACUAACUUUUCUCUGUUUGGUUGGAAUUCUAUACCUAUUCAUUCAAAGAAAGCAUUGCAGCAAAUGUGUAAAAACACAUGCACAACCGAACAUUGAACAAAAUAAUGAAUAUAUGCCAAUGGCAUCUGUUAACGCUGCCAGAGGCCGUGUGUGACGAGCAGCAGGUUAUACUGAGAAGAAAACUUAUGAUACGGAGAGGGCAACAAGUGAUAUGACUUUGGGACAAACGUUAUAGUUUUAUGGACUGUGGCCAACAGCUUUAUCUGCUCUAAAGACAUCAUUGACUACGAACUAUCCUGAAGACUGGAGGCUCGCUCAACCUCUAUAUUUGUUAGGUUGUGCAAUAAAUAUAUAUGUAAGCACAAAGCAAUCUUAAGAAGGGCUUGAAAUACUGAGAAAAAAAAAUGAACAUUCCAUUUCACUUUGCACAUUUAUUAUCUCAUUUCCUGCCUGAGACGUAGAUGGUGUCUUUUCAUGAAAAAAUUGAAAGAAACCAAACAACACUCUACCUCGUUGUGAUCUGGGAGGAUUUUUUUUUUACUUUAGUUUGAAAAAAAUGACUUUAAUUUUCCCCUGUGUGUACUCAUUUUAAUGUAUUCUUAAAAGCAUCUUUUAGUUUUGUAUAUCAGCAAUAACUGAAUUUUAAACAGGAACUGCACUGAAACAGGAAAUUAAA